GGCUGGGCACGGGACGCAGGCGCUGCGCUUUGCGGGACCCCAUCUCCAGGUUCCACAUGCGCCCUUAGACUAGCAUCGCUUUGCUCACCCUCGCGCUGUCUCUCUCUCUCUCUCUUGUUCGCUCUCUUUCUCUCGCGCACGCCUGGCCUCGAACCCCGCGGGAGAAAAGAAGAGAACACAGAUCGCGACGCUUCCGGAAAAAGUUUUUGGCCGGCCGCUUUCAAAGGAGAUUGGUAUUGUAUUUCUUUUGAACCACUAGUUGAUGGAUUUAUCACUGACAAUACAACAACAUUUUAGCUAGAAAUCGUGUGAAGCAUGGGUGACUGGAGCUUUCUGGGGCGGCUGCUGGAGAACGCUCAAGAACACUCCACCGUGAUUGGCAAGGUGUGGCUGACAGUCCUCUUCAUCUUUCGUAUCCUGGUCCUGGGGGCGGCUGCGGAGGAAGUGUGGGGAGACGAGCAGUCGGACUUCACCUGCAACACGCAGCAGCCCGGUUGCGAGAACGUGUGCUACGACGAAGCCUUCCCCAUCUCGCACAUCCGCUUCUGGGUGCUGCAGAUUAUCUUCGUGUCCACGCCCACCUUGAUCUACCUGGGACACGUGCUGCACAUUGUCCGCAUGGAGGAGAAACGCCGGGAGAAGGAGGAGGAGCAGCGGAAGGCCAGCCGGCACCAGGAGGAGAGAGACCCUCUGUACAGGAACGGAGGAGGAGGAGGGAAAAAGGAGAAGCCCCCAAUCAGAGACGAGCACGGUAAAAUCCGCAUCCGGGGGGCUCUCCUGCGCACAUACGUGUUCAACAUCAUCUUCAAGACGCUGUUCGAAGUGGGCUUCAUCCUGGGUCAGUACUUCCUGUAUGGCUUCCAGCUCAGCCCCCUGUAUAAGUGUGGUCGCUGGCCCUGCCCCAACACGGUUGACUGCUUCAUCUCACGCCCCACAGAGAAGACCAUCUUCAUCAUCUUCAUGCUGGUGGUAGCCUGCGUCUCCCUGCUACUCAACCUGCUGGAGAUAUACCACCUGGGAUGGAAGAAGGUGAAGCAGGGGGUCAGCAACGAGUUUGCGCCCGACCGAAUGGCGCUCCCCCUGGCCAGAGACGAGGCGGUGGAGUCCAACAUGAUCCACGAGGGGAUCGCCCACCCGGCCCUCAACUGCCUUCCCACAUACGGUGGCGUGAACGUGGUGUACCUGCCCAACGAGCAGGCAAACGCCACGGCCGCUUUAUCCGAGCAGCAGGCAGCGGCGGCAGAACUCAAGAUGGACCCUUUCCAUGAAGACUUCCUGCUGGAGGCUCCUCCCACAUCCUUCUACAACAGUGAGGGCAGUGGCCAGCAGCAGUCCAUGGAGCAGAACUGGGCCAACAUGGCCAUGGAACUGCAGACCCUGGACGCUGCCAAGUCCUCCUCCUACCCUCCUCUUCCCUCCUCCCCUUCUCCGCCACCCUCCUCCUCCUCCCCCACCUCCUCUGACCAGGAGCAGUCACCCCCUCCACCGGACACUGCCCCUCUUAUCCCCGACUCCCGCUCCUCCACCCUCCCGCUGGGGGAAUCGAGAAGGGGUGAGGAGCACCAGCAGCAGGAAGAAGAGGAAGCGGAGGCGGCGCUGCCGCUGACGCACGUUGAUGAUGUCACGGUGACCCGGGUGGAGAUGCACGAGCCACCCAUUUUCAUAGCGGCGGACGCCCGCAGGCUGAGCAGGGCCAGCAAGACCAGCAGUGUCCGAGCCCGGCCCGACGACCUUGCCGUGUAACACAUACACACACACACACACUCUCACAUACCUUCACACAAUCACAUACAAACACAUGCAGACCCCUAUCCACCACCGCACCCCAACGCCUCUGGGUUCUAUACAUUUUAUAUCUUUGAGGCUCAGGUGUCAAAUGUUGUGUGAAAUACAGAGGCGAUGUGGGAGGGGGGGCUCUGGAGUUGAGAUGCUCCUGACAUUACUCUCUACAAAAGUUGCGUUAUCUGGAGAUGCAUUCGGUGAGGCAUAGCUUAGUGCUCCAACGUUAUGAGGUGCCAACACGUGUGUGGAGAGGGAACACACACAUUCACUGUUUGCAGCUCAGAUGCCAUGAAAGGAUUAGAGAUAUUGGACUAACUAGUUUGGGACAUUAGCAACAUUUCGGAUGAAUAUAAUUCUGCUGUUUUCUUUAUUCUUUGAUGGUAGACAUCAGAAGAGGGUUUGCGCUUUCGUUUAUUUUUUUCUCUCCCCCCUUUUCUUUUUUCUUUUCUUGUGAUGGACCCUUUAAGAUGAAGCCGAUGUGUCCUAUUGUCUCUUCCUGGUGUCUGUCUGUCUGCCUCGUAGCUAGCCGUCUGUCUGUUCCAUGCUCACCCUUCCUAUUAAGCUGAAUGAAGAGAGGGACGCUCUGACAGUAUGGUGGAGUGGAGAAAGACAGGGAUAGGGUACCUGGGUGGCACUUUAUUCAAAAUGACUUGCUAUUUACUUACAAAUGACAUGUAAAUCACACACGAAUAGGCACAUUUUGGUACCAGGUAGUUAACAAUGAAGUACCCUCUGAUAAUAUGUAAUGUACCAGUAAAUACCAGGUUAAUACCAGUGCAUAAGGUAACGUCCUACCGGUUACUGUCGUGUGUAGCCAUACUAGUGUGAAGCUUCAACCUAUGUUACCACCGCGAUCCCAACCUUCACAGGCUUUGUGUGUGUGUGUGUGUGUGUGUUUCUGUCUGUGUGUGUGUGUGUUUCUGUACGUUUCUGUGUGUGUGUGUGUGUGUGUGUGUGCGCGCACGCAAUAGAUAUAUUAUAGAGUCUUGUUUCAAUGUCUACAACAACAUUUAGGCAGUUACAUCAGGGUAAAUAAUAUAUAUAUGUAAAUAUAUUACAUAGUACAUAUAGGGUAUGUUAUACAUAUAGAAUUAUGACUUAUAAAGAACCCAUACUGAUGCUUGUGUUUGCAGUGUGUUAAAGACGUGUGUGUCCUCAUCGUAAAGAAAUUCAGCAGAUUUAAGACUGUAGGCCCCCACUGGUAGUCAGUAUGGGAAGUUUCAGUAUAGUGCUUAGAGAGAGUAGGCAAUAGAAUUGCUAGAAGAUAGAUAGAUAAGGAGUAUUAUUUAAGGCAAUGACAUUUCAUUCUUUGUUACUGAGUCAUAAUAGCAAAAUCAAUAGGAAUGUGCAUUUGCGUAUCAUUUUCUUAAACUCCUGCCAGUUUUUUAAAUCAGAAAAUGGCUCUUAACAUGCAGUUGUAUUUCUUUUAAGCUUCCUGUUUUUUCUCUCUCCAAAUUAAUUCAUUUUAUUGUCAUCUAACAUUCAGGAAAACAUCAUAGCUAUCGAACAAUGUUUUGGACAAAUCUCUUUUGCAUUUUGUACCUCUAUUUUGUACCUUUAUGUUUUGAACAACGGUAUAUUCUGUUACUGUGAAACUACAACUCACUACUACUGACUCCCUCAAGCACUUGACCUUUGACCUUGUUAUGAUGAAAUCAUAUGUUAUCAUUCCACCACCACCUGGGGUUAUUACCAUAAAGCAACAAGAAGCAGGGGGCACUUCAAUUUUGCUAUUUAAAGUAAGAACAGAAAGUUGUGAUUCUUACAGUACAUUUCAACAAUGUAGAUAGGCUGUUUGUUCCCAUUUCUCUCUCUAUCUCCCCCUCCUUUACCCUCACACUCGUCCUUCCUUCCUUCCUUCCUUCCUUCCUUCC